AUGACUACUGAAAAGCCAUGGCAUGCAGAGUUCCCGGAGCCCAAGGCUGAAGCGGCCAUCAUGCCUCGAAACCGUGUGAUGCAGAUGUUGUCAUUACGAGGUGUGGCAAGUCUACUCGUUAUCGAUCUCAGAAGGAUGGACUUUGAGGGUGGAUGUCUUCGUGGCAGUUUGAAUAUCCCUGCUCAAGGGUUUUGGUGGAACAGAGGCAUGCUGUAA